AUGACCAUCUCGCAGAUCCCCGUGUGGCUGGACUGCGAUCCGGGUCACGAUGACGUCUUCGCCAUCCUCCUCGCGGCAUACCACCCGCGCAUCAAGCUGCUCGGCAUCUCCACAGUCUUUGGCAAUGCCUCGUUAGAACACACCACGCACAACGCCGCCUCCGUCCUCACAGCCCUCGGCAAGCACCUCGACAUCCCCCUGCACGUCGGCCUCGGCAAGGCCCUCGAGCGCCCCGCGCUGCACGCCCCGACCGACAUCCACGGCGACUCGGGCCUCGACGGCACCGAGCUGCUCCCCCCGCCGCGCUGCUCCCCGUCGCCCGUCCCCGCCGUCGACGCCAUGGCCACCGCGCUGCGCCUCCAGCCCCCCGGCACCGCCUGGAUCGUCGCCACCGGCGCCCUCACCAACGUCGGGGCCCUCUUCCGCGCGCACCCGGACCUCGCCGCGCACAUCCGCGGCCUGAGCCUCAUGGGCGGCUCCUUCGGCGGGGGCUUCUCCGACGCGCCCAUGGGCAAGGUCGACAACGCGGAGCGCAUCGGCAAUGUUACCCCCUGGGCCGAGUUCAACAUCCUCGUCGACCCGGAGGCUGCUGCCGACGUGUUCCACAACCCGGCCAUUGCGAGCAAGACGACCGUCGUGCCCCUCGACCUGAGCCACCAGGUCCUCGCCACGGACGACGUCCACCGCCUUCUCCUCUACGGGGACAAGGCCGCUCCCGGCAGCGGCGUGGCCACGGAGCCGGGCGCCGGCCCCGCCCCGGCCCCCGGCAAGUCGACGCUGCGCACCAUGCUCGUCGAGCUGCUCUACUUUUUCGCAAAGACAUACUCAGACGUAUUCGGCAUCACCGAAGGCCCGCCGCUUCACGACCCCAUCGCCGUCGCCGCCGUCCUCACCGGCACCGACGACGAGAUCCCCUUUACCGAGUGGGAGGAGGGGAAGAGCACCCCGCCGCGGCACGCCGAGCGCUUCGACGUCCGUGUCGUCACCGAGGGUACCUUCGAGGAGGCCAAGCUGGGCCUCAAGCAGACGGGGCGCACCAUCGCCACGCCGCUACCGCCGGGGUCCGAGGGCGUGCGCAUACCGCGCGGCAUGGACGUCGCCAAGUUCUGGAAGGUCAUCGAGGAGUGCAUCCAGCGCGCCGACACCGUCAACGAGGGCCUGAAGCAAUAG